AUGACCGCCGGUGAAACCUGCCAACCUGUUGAGAACAUAGUAAACAACUUCAUAUCUCAAAUUCAUGACAGCGGUCUAAACCCUCUCAGGCUUGCCAAUAUUUCCGUCUCUGAAUUCUAUACCGAAUUGAGGAACCAUUUGUCGGUGAUCAAUGACGGCGGCAGUAUUGCCCUUGGCCGUGGAGAAUAUCUAGUUAGCAUCGGCCUAAGCAAGAACUUAGAGAGCCUUUUCUCGACUACAACACCGUUCGUCAGGGAAGGCCCACCUGUGACCUGGACGAAGCUUAUUCUCUUUGCAGGUCCUCAGUAUGAGGGUCCAGCGCAGCUCAAGGUUGGUGACUCCAGCGUGGAGCUGUCAAAGGAUGACUUCAAACUCCUGCACUCCGGUAGACCCUGGCGAUUUCUCUCUCCUUGGCCCGAUAAAGACAAUUGCAUGAAGGAGCUUGAAUCGAGCCAGAUGGCACUGCACGAGCUUGCUGAUUCUCGGAGAACAAUAAGUGAAGGUGAGCGCCUUAAGGAUUAG